ACCUUAGACCUCUGUUACCAAGAGACACAAGAGGAGACGCUCAAGGCAGUUUGAGGGUUUUAUUUUACAGAUUCUUAGUCCAAAGAUUUCAAGUUAGAGAGAAGAAGCCGCUGAAAACGAGCGAAGCCAGUAAGCGUGGUGAAGAAGCCCCCAUCCUGGCAUUCUACUGACAUUUAACCUGGUGGGAACCACCGUCCACGGCGAAGUUGGCCUUUCAUCUGGGAUCCGUCCGCUCAGCUUCAGGAAUAAAUGCAGUCAAAGGGGCAGUCGCUUCCCGUCACUCACAAAGGUCUUGUUUUUGAACCUCACCCUCUCAAAAGCCGUUUCUCAUCAUGCCAAACCAACAGAAAAAAGUGAUUUUUUGCAUGGCCGGGGUGUUAAGCUUCGUUUGUGCCCUGGGAGUUGUGACGGCUCUGGGGACACCAUUGUGGAUCAAAGCCACCUUCCUCUGCAAAACAGGGGCUCUGCUCGUCAACGCCUCGGGGCAGGAGCUGGACAAGUUCAUGGGCGAGAUGCAGUAUGGGCUUUUCCACGGAGCGGGCGUGAGGCAGUGUGGGCUAGGAGCGAGGCCCUUUCAGUUCUCAUUUUUCCCGGAUUUGCUCAAAGUGAUUCCAGUGAGCAUCCACGUCAAUGUCCUUCUCUUCUCCGUGAUCCUCGUUGUUGUCACCAUGGUGGGGACAGCCUUCUUCAUGUACAACGCCUUUGGAAAGCCCUUUGAAACUCUGCACGGCCCACCAGGGUUGUAUCUUCUGAGUUUCAUUUCAGGCUCCUGCGGCUGUCUCGUCAUGAUAUUGUUUGCCUCUGAACUGAAAAUCCACCACCUCUCAGAAAAGAUUGCAAAUUAUAAAGAAGGGACUUAUGCCUACAAAACGCAGAGUGAAAAGUACAGCACCUCCUUCUGGGUUGUUUUCAUUUGCUUUUUUGUUCAUUUUUUGAACGGGCUCCUAAUACGACUUGCUGGAUUUCAGUUCCCUUUUGCAAAAUCUAAAGACACAGAGACAACUAACGUGGCCGCGGAUCUGAUGUACUGAAAGCAGACAUUUCUCUAAUUUUGCAAGUAAGGGAGUGGACUUGCUUUGGUCCUUGGAGAUGGGUAAUUUUGCCCGUCCUUUUAGAUGCACAAAUUAAAGCCCCAAACCCUCUGUGGUCACGCUGACAAAUGAUGUACGAAGGCUACAGGCUGGUAAGUCGGUGGCGUGGAAGGAAGCUCUGGGAGGCGGUCUUACCCGCUGGGAAACGGCUUUGCCCGGGCAGUCAAGGCAGUUGACUAGAAUGGACAAACUGCUGCUCCACAGAGACACCAAAGUGCAAAACGCCUGCUCCAUCGGGGAGGGAUCGAAGCCACGGGCAAAGUAUUUCUAUACAAACAAAUCCUCUUUCCAAUAUAUCCACACAUUUGUUGCCCCAGAUACCAGAAAACAGAGCCGGAAUCGCUUUCCUAAAGUGAUAGUGCAUCAAAUGAGCAACGAAAAAUGUAUCAAUGCACUUUUUAAAAAGGUUUGUGUAAAAUUAUUAUCCAGGCCCGUUGGUCAAAAUUUGCAAACCUCGCAAAGGAGAAACACAGUACUUUCAACAGACAUAAUUGCUAGGACCACUGAGGAAUCACAAAAAAUGAUCCUCCCUAGUAAACUUAGUGCAAAAUGAUUCUUUGGGGUUGUUUCCAACUUUAGCGUCUCGAGCACUAACUCCCAAUUAUGAAAAUUAUUUCACAUGCUGGGAUUCCGAUGGUAUCACUGUGUCAUCUUGGUUUUUGGUCUGGCUGGCACAAGGCAUGACCCGAGUCAAUUUUUUUUUCCUGAAUUACCCAUGAGCUUGGUCUGCAGCUGAGCAAAGGCCACUGCUGAGCCUGGAACUGACCUCCUCUAGCCUCGGCCCGGGGCCCUCAGGAAGGCGCUCGAGAAGCAGCAGAGGAGAAAGAAAACACACCAUGGGCCCCGGCCACAGCCGCUCCGUACGCAGCCUCACUCAAGGGUUUUGAAAGUGCUCAUUUUUAAAAAAUACUGUUUUCUUUUUGGAACAAUUUAUAAGAAACAAACGACUGUUUGUAUAGCCGAGACUCACUUGCUCAGAUGGUCAUUUGCAGCCCACGGGUCCACAUCAGAGCACACCCUGAGUUUCCAGACGCUGGUCCCUCACCUGCAUUCAGGAAACACACCUGGAGACUUCCCGGAAGGCCACAGGUCAGCCUAGUGAUGAAGGGGAUGCUCGUUUGCGUAGCGGGCUAGUGGAGCCCGGUUCUGGAAGUCUUCACGAAAUGGUUAAACCCAGAAGCACAGAGGAGAGGGCGGGAAUCGCAAGGACCAUCUGCUGUGGGUAACUGGCCUGAGACCCUGAAGGCCAGGUCCCCACCCUCUCACUGACCUCUCUGUCUCUCUGUGUCUCUCUCUCCCCUCAGAGGUUUGAAAAACUUUUAACACCAAGCUUUCUUCUUGAGAAAGCAAGUCUCUGUUCUGUAAAAAGAGAAAACCGGGAGCAGCAGCUGGACCCUGUGAGAACCUCCGGGCAACCAACGAGGCCCCGGGACGGGACAGACCGAGGCGGCGGGGCCCGCACGGGGGGUCGCGCCCCAAACAAGCAGAUGCACCGGCCGCGGACCAGCCCGGGAGUCUCUCCCUCGCUUCUCCCAGACGAAGCGUGCGGAGCCCGGGAAGAAGGAUGUGGCCAGGACCUUCCCCUGCGGCCGGCUCUGUGGGCAGCAAAGGCCCUGGGAACGACGUCCAGCACGCGUGUCCGAGCUCCCUCCCCGGGGGCGGCCAGCAGGCUCACAGCUCGCGGGGACGGGGGCCCCCUGCUGGCUCUGGGGCUGCAAACGCGGCCACCGUGGGUUCGUUUCCAGGAGCGCGGACACCCUCGUCCGGGACGCCGCGCGGAUGAUGCGGGGAGGAGGGCAGGAGGCUGGAGAGCCGGCCGGCCCGAGCGCUCGGACCCCGCGGCCGCGCGGUGGGAGGAAGCUGCGGGGCCAGGCAGGUGCAGGCGGGCGGUCAGGAGGAGCGGGGGAGGCCUCCUGCCGCUGCGAGCGCACUCUACAGUUUACACAGCCCGUCUGCUCUCGCGGUCCGGCGCGCUCCUCCAGAGCAGCUGCUCUCACGCCACUUUAUGCGCACUCAAGGCUGAUCAGUUAGGCUGCUGGCUCACACAUCACACAAUCCUGGGGCAAUUCCUCCCCUCUUCCUCCACCCCUUUUCAGGGAGAGAGGCGGGCGGCAGCUGCUGCCCCUCCCACCUCUGGUGGAGGGAGGAGGGGGUCACAGAGGCCGCGCUAGGGCGCGCCAGCUUGCAGGGAAGCGCGGCUGGCCGUUAGAAUAAAUGUCAGUGCUCACCAUUUACCUAUGGAAACCUGAGCGAGAAGCAAGGUGGGGAGCGGGGAGCUCCGAGCUCUCUCAAUUUCCCUCAACCUCUGCCCUUCCCAGAAGAUCAGUGCUAUAGGUAAAAAGGUGGCUGUUACAGAAAUGCUGCUUCAAGACCAGCCCGGCCGGCCGCCCGGUUCUCCUAACUGCCGGCCGUCCCUGACCCUUCUAUUGCAAUAUUUGGGGGCUCAGUGUCUGAUCUGGUCACACCCCGAUUCCCAACCCCCUUGAACAUAGCAAUCCUUCCCCGCGCAGGGCAGAUGGCUGGUUCAGCAGGUAAGCCCCUCCUCCAAGUGACAAAGGACAGAGCAAUGCUGGUCAGUUUAGAGAAAAAGGACCUGCUCCUUGAAACUAAAGGGCAGAGAGAAAGACUGGGCAAGCCGGGGGCCCUGGC